AUGCUCUUACCAUCUAACCAGCCCAAUUGUACUCUCCUGCACCCUCUAGAUCCAGCAACUCCUUUGCCUUCUAAUAAAAUUGAAAUAUCUGAUCGUAUACAAAGAGGUCCUUAUCAACCAAUUCUUGAAAACUAUCCAAGAACCAAAAUGUCAAACACUCUAAGGCAAUUUCAUAAAGAAUGGUUUAAGAGUUUCAGCUGGCUGGAAUACAGCGUUAAACUAGAUCGUGCAUAUUGUUUCAGCUGUAGAGUUUUUUUACACUCUAAUGGAAAAAAUAAUGGACAAUUAGAUAAGACCUUCUCAAAUUUGGGUUUUAAUAAUUGGCGUUUAGGAACUAAUAAGUUUAGAACACAUCAGCUUUCCAAGUCCCAUAUUAACAGUAGUACUUCAAUGAGUAAUUUUUUGAACUGUAAAUCUAUAGAUGUUCUGAUAGACAAAGGAAAUGAAAUUCAACUUGCUCAAAAAGAGAAACAAAAAUUGCAUAACAGACAAAUAAUGUAUCGUCUUAUUGAUGUUACUUUAUGCUUAGGACUAGGUGGCCGUCCAUUUCGUGGACAUAUUGAAAAAAGUUCAGAAUUACAUCAAGGGUUGUUUUUAGAAUUAGUCAAUUUGCUUAAAAAAUAUGAUCCAGUAUUAAAAGAUCAUUUAGAUAAUGGACCUCGGAAUGCGUUAUAUACGAGUAACCAUAUCCAAAAUGACCUAAUCUUAUCAAUUUGUAAUAUUAUUCGAAGAAAAAUUUCUAAUGAACUUUGUGGAAAAAAAGUUUCAAUAAUCGCGGACGAAACUAGUGAUGUUGGUCACAAUGAGCAAAUGUCUUUUGUUAUCCGAUAUUAUUCAUCCGAGCAAAAAAGACCAGUUGAAAGAUUUUUUUGUAUUGAAUGGCAUAAUGUGUUGUCGGUUUGCUUCGACGGUGCUUCUACAAUGUCUGGUCAUGUAGCAGGCGUCCAAGCUAAAUGUAAAGAGAUGAAUUCAAAGCUUUUCUAUGUUCAUUGUUAUGGGCAUUGCUUAAACCUUGUGUUAGUAGAUUCCAUUGGAAAAGAAAACCGUGUGACAUUUGAUUUUUUUGGUACUGUUCAAUUAGUUUACAAUUUAAUUGAAGGUAGUUGUGUACGUCAUGCUAUAUUAGAGAAAAUUUCAGCUUCAAUGAAUAUAAAGUUAAAAACAUUGAAGACACUGUCAACUACAAGAUGGGCAUGCCGUUCUGAAGCAAUUGAGGCAAUUAAACAUAAUUAUGUAGCAAUAUUAAAAGCAUUGGAGGAAAUAUCAGACUCAACAAAUCUUCCAGAUGUAAGAGCCAAAACAAAAGGUCUCAUUUAUUCUUUGAAAACUUUUAAAUUUGUUUUUGCUAUGUGUAUGUUAAGCCCUAUUCUAAAUUUAGUAAACAAAGUUAGUGCUACAUUACAAUCACCUAACUUGGAUUUACAUACAGCAGUUACACUAAUCAUUGCUUUACAAAACUCUCUUCAAACGAUGAGAUCAGACAAAACAUUUAAUACAAUUUUUGAUGAAACUAAAGUGGCUUGUACUAAAAUUGAUGUAUCCAUACCUGAGAUAAAAAGGCGUAAAGUAUCAACUAAAGUAGAUUAUGAGCAUCAUUCGCAACAUUUUUUUGAAAAUACAAAAGAAGAAAUGAAGAUAACUGUGUAUAACAGUGUUAUUGAUAAAAUGUUAAAUGGCAUCAAAGUUCGUUUCAGUCAAGAUACAUUAAAUUUAAUCAAUAGUGUUGGUAACUUAUUAAAACUAGAAAUAGAAAAAAAACAUCUACAGACUAUUUCUGAUACAUUUGGUUUAUCUUUUGAUCAACUCAACACUGAAGUCAGACUGUUUACACAAAUAGAUGACAUACCAAGAGGAAGUAAUAAUAGUACAAUAACUCAGUGGUUGAGUUGGAUAACUAAAGAUGGAACAGACCGAAUGAGAACUUUUGAAAAUAUAUUUAAAGUUCUACAAGAAUUUACUACCAUACCAGUCACUAGUUGCUCUUGUGAAAGAGCUUUUUCAAAAAUGGCAAUAGUUAAAAAUAAAUUAAGAAGUACAAUGGCUCAAGAAAGGUUAGAUGCCUUACUUACAAUUUUUGUUGAACAGGAAAUUGCAAAAUCUUUAGAUAUGGAGGAAAUUAUUGAUGAAUUUAAAACACUAACACCAAUACAAAGAAGAUUACCAUUAUAA